GUUUUAUAGCUGGAAAAUUAUGCGGUUAUUGCUUAUUGUACCAUCCAAGUGGUUCGCGUGUUUUGUAAAAAGCAUAUGGUAGAGAAAAGAAGCAGAUUUGAAUUGAAGCUAAUAUUUUCUUUUAUUCUGAAUUUGCAUCAUCAGGUCGGUUUUUGUUCGUCUUAGUUAUUUUUGUUUGUUAUUUUGUAUGAGAAAAAAUGUGAAACGUGUUAUUUGAUUGUCAUGAAACGUUGCUUUCGAGUACAAUUCUUAACUCAAACUAAAUCUUUAUCACAGAAUAGUUCACAAUUCAUACUGAACACAGCUCGGCGUGUAAGUAGUUUGCGGCAAAAACUGUCCCCAUGAAACCUUUGCUCUAAAUCGAGUUUGUUGCAAGUGUUAACCGCCUGUUUAGUUAGUUAUUUGAACGAAAUGGUACGCUAUUAUUAUUCCCCUGAAUAGUCCCUGAAUUUUCCUUAGUCCUCCAGCCUUCUAUUUAUAUUCAUAGAUCUGCUUAUUCUAAUUUGUUUAAACAUAGUGAUUUUUUCGCGUAAAAUCGUCCGUUUUUUGUUCUUCAUAUUAGCGAAUCGCGGUGAAAGUUUUGACUAAUGGUCAAAAAGUUUCAAGGAAAAUAUCACAAUGAGGAAACAAUAAUUAGGUGCAAGUUACAGAAACAAAAGAUUAGUUAUUGUUGUUAUUUUCUUCUGCGAUGGCAUCAGUUGUUGGUAAGUUGGUGACCCUCAGAGACUCACUGCAGUCGAUGGAGAUGACGAAGAACGCGUGGCAUAGACUGAAAGGUUACAGGGUAGUCACAAUCGGGUCUCUAGUCGCCUUCCUGCUCGGAUACAUGGGCACCUGGGCACCACCUGGCAGCUUCAUUUUUCUGUGUGUGUUCGUCAGUUUGGUGGCAGUCACCCAACAUGCGGAGUACAAGAAACAUGUCAUCAUCAAGUCCCGCCAAUACAUAGCCCAGAACGAAAUGGCCGAAGUGCAACGUCGUCUGCGUGACAUUCCCUCAUGGGUCCACUUCCCGGAACAGGAGAAGGCGGAGUGGCUGAACAAAGUGCUGAAGAAGUUGUGGCCAUUCGUGAACAGAUACGUGGAGGACUUCCUCAGACAACAAGUAGAGCCACAGGUGAAGGAGCAGUUGCCGAGUAUACUGAGUGGGGGUUUUAAGUUCGGGCCCAUCAGUCUGGGCAAACAAUCCCCCCGGGUGGCGAAUGUGCAGACAUUUGUGACAGAGAGACACACUGCGCAUGGAGGGAGGGAGAGGGAGAUCAUUGCAGAUGUGGACUGGGUGUACCCCGGAGACUGCAACAUCCAGAUGAUACUGACCAGGAUCCCGACUGCGGGGAUCCAGGACUUGCGAAUCAGUGGGAACCUGAGAGUAGUUAUGACUCCCCUGCUGAGCAAGCCCCCCUUCAUAGGAGCUGUGACCUUCUUCUUCAAGGAGCCACCCUCGCUCAAUUUCAACUUCACCAAUGCUGCCAAUCUGUUCGAUCUUCCAGGGAUGAGUGAGGCGUUGAGGGGUCUGGUGCGUGACCAGAUCGACUGUCGCUUCACCCUCCCAAACAGGAUGGUCAUCCCACUCUGCAACGAACCCGAGGUGGACACAGUAGCCUUAAAGUUCCCCAUACCUGAAGGUAUUUUGCGAAUCGGGAUGAUAGAAGCGAAGGACUUGGUGGAAAAAGACAUCACGGGGAAGAGUGACCCCUAUGCUGUGCUGAAGAUAGGGGCCAUCAAAUUCACCACUAAAACAAUCCCGAGGUCACUGAACCCAACUUGGAAUGAGUUCUUCGAGGCACCCGUAUUCUAUGUUCAAGGUCAAACUCUGAGUAUCCACUUAUUCGACAGUGACAAGACAACGGCGGAUGAGGCUAUGGGCAAUGCCUCAAUAGGCGUCAAACAGUACACCCUCACUGCCAACGGGUUCCUAGAAAAAUGGGUGUCACUCACAGACGCCGCCUCUGGUAAAAUUCACGUUCUUGGAUCCUACUUGCAUCUGAGCGACAAUCCGAACGAUUUACGAGCAGCCUUUCAAGCACAACGGUUGAUGCCCUUUGAAGCGAAUAAUUUGAAUGUAGCUUACCUGAAACUAACAGUGUUAGGCGCCAAGAAUCUACCCAAGAGUAGAGAUUCAAGAGGCAAUUUUGACAGAGAGGAUCGACCGAGUCCUCUGGUCAGAGUCACGAGGGCUGGUCAUGGAGUGGAAAAGGGGAAGAGACACAUGACAAAAGUGGUGGUAAACUCUCGUGACCCCACCUGGCAAGAUGGUUUCGACUUCUUCCUCUCCAACCCAGAGACGGAACAGAUCGAAUUCGAGGUCCUGGACGAACAGAAGUCCAAGAAGAUCAUAUCAACUGUCAGUCUGAGCGUGAGUGAGAUCAUGAAGGCCUCCCAGAUGCGAGACUCGUUCGAAUUAGAACUAGACAACAAAGACGCCAAGUACGGAUUCUACUCACGGAGUCCAUCCAUUCUCAAGAUUAGAGCAGCGCUACGCUUCCUAGUUGCUGGAGGCUUGGAACGCCAGACUUCAAAAGACCUUUCGGGUUUCGACUUCGAAGCGCCGAGUUGCAGUCGCGAUAAAUCUGACUACACUAGCGAUGACUCGGGAAUUGGGAGGCAUCAACCGAGAAGCGACUCCGAGCGACGUGGAACGACAUCUGUUCCUCAGACACCGCUUAGUUCCACGGGACAGAACAGGAAGUUCGGCAAAAAUGAAUCGCCUACCAAGUCUCGGAACAUGUCUAGUCUUGAACGUCGGAAGACUAUGGAUGCCAAAAAUCGAAACAAUGUGGGAGGCGAGGGAGUUAUGGCGCCGACUCUAAUGAGACGCCAGCCUUCUCUAUCGGCGAUUUCGAUCGGCGAACCUGACGAAUCGGAGCCUGUGAUCAAUCUCGGAUUCAAUUUCAAUCAGCUCAAAAAUCAACUAACAGUCGGAGUAAAUGAAGCCAAAAAUUUGUCAUCGCUUUUCAAAACCUCUCCGAACUGUUACGUAACAGUUCUUCUGAAAUCGUCAAAACCGAAACAGGAGCAGAGCGAAACGACGGAGAUCAUCGAGAACUCAGAUCGACCAAGGUGGUACAAACCGAUGAUAUUCAACACGACCUUGGAGAUUCUGGACAACUCGACAUUGCUAGUUUCGCUUUACAACCAGAACGAGAAAAAGCCAAAUGGUUACGUGAAACUGGACCUUAAAGAACUGGACAUAGAAAGCAGAUCAUUUUGGUUUCCAAUCAAAGACUCGCCUAAAUUUGUCGCUCCAAUAGAAAUUAAGCCGAAUGAGUGAUACUCGCUGAGGUUGUUUGUAUAAAAAAUACAAAAAAAAACUGACUAAAACGAAGAAUAAUCUAAAGCUUUGUCUAAUCUGCUAAAUGAGAUAAUCAGCUUUAUUCAAAAAUUUAAUCUACAUAUUGGCUACUUAAGUUUUGUUUUAAAUUUACUAUUCGGAUGACG